AAGGCAGAUGGAGGGCAGGAAGUAAACAUGGAGAAUACGUCUAUAGAGGAAACCGUUGCAGAAAGUCAGUAUUGUACGGAUUUAGAUCCAGUUUCAAGACAUAGAUACAAGGAGUUAAUUAACAGAUAUGUUGGACGUGACCCGUACCUCAUGAAGAUGAGUGAGUUUUCAGUAGAACUGAAAGAUUUACCGACAGUUGAGGCUGUUGACAUCACCAACUAUCUGGUCCUUCAGACAUCGUACUACACCAGACAGCAAAUGAAGGCCUAUAAAAGUCUGGAGGCAUACAACUUUUUUGUCAACGGAUGGGUCCACAAACUCGGUGUCAAACGGCUCCACGAUGAUCAUCGUUUGGUCUUCGCCAGAGUAAACCACUCUCAGAGGUCAAGCGAAACACCUCUGAAGACCUGGAUUAUUGCAAAGCAGCCUGGAGAAGUCAUUGCAGCUCAUUGCAAUUGCAUGGCAGGACUAUCAGAAUCGUGUUCUCAUGUAGGGGCAGUUCUUUUUUCCAUUGAAGUUGGGGUAAAGAUGCGAGAUUCAGCUUCCUGCACAACAGAGCAGUGCAAGUGGCUGAUGCCAUCACAUGUAAAAAAGAUUCCUGCUGCUCCAGUAGCUCUGAUUGACUUCUCCUCAGCAAAAGCAAAAAAAAUAAAGCUUGACCGUUCCAUUGAUGGCAGGACAACUGACAACAAGUUAUGGAUGCAAACAUGAAGCACAAGCCAGAGGAGCAUAUGAGAAGCUGAUGGUUCGGGAGCAUGCACGCUUCUCCUGUAUGGACAGUGGUCUCUGGCUGAACCCCAAGUGGCCAUACAUGGGGUCCUCCCCUGAUGGGAUUGUCGCUUGUGACUGUCACGGAACUGGCAUCUGCGAGAUUAAGUGCCCACACUCUCACCAAGAUAAGGCCAAUCUGCGCAUUUGUGCAGGGGAAAAGAGUUUCUGCCUCAUCAAUGAUGGAUUUAAACUGGACCGAAGUCAUGACUACUACUACCAAGUUCAGGCACAGCUUCACAUUGUAGGUGCUGAGUACUGUGACUUUGUUGUGUGGAACUGUAAUGACAUUUUUGUGGAAAGGAUUUUGCCUGAUUUUGAACUUUGGGAUGAUGUGAUUCCUAAAGUUGAGUGCUUUUUUAGAAACUGUUUACUUCCAGAAAUACUGGGACAGCAAGUUACAAACUUACAUGUGUAAAAUAUGAUAAAACGUUAUGUACUUAGUUCCAGGCACUCUUGAAAGUGGGCUGUGUGAUACAUUGCCGUUAUAUAAAUACUGUUGUAUGAGACAUGAAAUUUUGAAUAUUGUUAUGAUUAAAUGCUAUUGAGAAUACAGAAUAA